UGACACGAGCCAUGUUUAUGUUUGAAUGCUUUAUAGUCCAGCGCAAUUUCCAUUACUACAGAUAUUUUAUGUGUGUUCUAUUCCUUUCAUGAAAUUACAGGUUUGCAGCACUUAGAGUUAAUUGAAAGAAUUCGUGAAAAGAGAAUGCAUAAUACUCGUGUGAAAGUUCGAAAUGAUGUAAAAAAACAAGGUUAUCACCAAGAUUAUUCAAUUUCAAGACAAAUAUCAAAGGCCGCUUUAAUCGGCUCAGACAAGCCAGACACCAGAUAGUAAAGGGCUCUUGAUUCCUGUUUCCGGAGCAUGAUAUGAUCAGAGCCCUGAUAUUCAAAACACGAAUAUGGUAACCAAGCAUAAAAGUGAAUUUGGGUCUCUUUCACCCCUACUUAUUGAGUGCAAAACAUUACCAAUGAAGGAAACUUUACCCCAAGAAGAAUUGCAACAUUUGUUAGAUGGCCUCGAUCGGAUUUAGGUGAUAGUUCGGAACCGAUGCGUUCUUUUUCAACAGAUUACCAUGCUGACCUAUACUGUAGUGCAUAAGUGCUCAAAGUAUUGCGUUACUGGGCGUUACCAAGCUUCACAUUUAUAGUCCCGCCUGUCUUCUUCACACUGAGUUUUCCGCAAUACUGUAGCUGCACUUUAGCUCACUGCUAGGAACAUACCACGCACGGGUGAACGUUGGACAUGUGGAUAACUGUGAUCCUAAUUUACAUCGCAAUUCCUCUAAUUAGUGGAGCGAAAAUACUCGGCGUGCUAAUGACAGAAUCCAAGAGUCAUUACUCGAACUUGAGGAACGUGGCAGACGAAAUGGCAUCGCGAGGUUAUGAGGUAACUUUAGUUGUCCCAUCUACCAUAUCUUUUCCAGCGUCGAUCUCAGUGCAGCAUUUAGUUUACAAAUACCCUUUCGACGAGAAACAUGUAGAAAAGACAUUAGUACCAAUGUCGCAUUCUCGAUCGCUCUCGGAAAUUGUGGAUGAUCACAAAAUGUGGAUGGAUUUCUUUAUCACCUCGUGUAGAGCUUUGAUAACUUACGUUAAGCUUCAUAGGGAAGAACUAAGCAAAUUCGACCUAAUGUUUCGUGACACUCCUCCAGAAUGUGGAGCUAUCGUCUCCGAGAUGCUGGGUAUUCCAAGAAUCGACAUCAGACCAGGAAUGGUGAUGCGACUUUACAAAGAUAUAAGCGUGGUGUCAUAUAUCCCUGAUAUGUUCUCCUCGAACUCUGAUAGAAUGAGCUUUGUGGAACGAGUUGUUAACUUGAUUUCUCAUACUCUGACGUGGGUAACAAUUUACCAAUAUUACGCACGCUUCGACGAACUAAGGAAAGAAUUUGGCGUACAGGAACAAAGAUCGUUCGAGGACUCUCUUAACAACGUAGAGGUGGUCAUAAUCACGGGUCAUUUUGCUCUGGAAUAUCCUCAGCCAAUUCUACCAGCUACCAAACUAGUGGGACCAUUGACAGUGAAAACUCCAAGUCCACUUCCAAGAGACCUGGAGCAGUUUAUCAUUGGAGCUGGAGACAAAGGGAUAAUCCUGUUUUCAUUGGGAACACUCGGGGAUGAAGUGUUGCAGAAACACCAGGUGGAAAUGUUGGCCGAAGCUUUCGGGAGACUGGAGCAAAGAAUCAUAUGGAGAUUAAAUGGCCAUGUUCCAAAGGGUCUUCCCCCAAACGUCAAAGUUCUUCCAUGGAUUCCACAGAAUGACUUAUUAGCCCAUAACAGGACCAAAGCCUUCAUCUCCCACGCGGGUCACAACAGCUUAUAUGAGGCGGCUUUUUAUGGUGUACCAAUGAUCUGCAUGCCGCUUUUUCUUGACCAGUUUAGCAACUGCGCCCAAGCUCGAUCAGUUGGCAUGGCAGUUGGUGUUGACAUAAAGACUGUGACUGGCGAUGAAGUAUACCAAUCCAUAAGGCGAAUCAUUCAAGAACCAAGCUUCAAGGGUAAUGCUACACGCAUCUCGCGAUUGUUGCGUGACAAUCCGCGAACUUCCGUCCAGCAAGCCGCCGAUUGGAUUGAAUAUGUCCACAGACACAAAGGAGCCAAGCACCUAAGACCGGAAGUGUAUAACCUCCACUGGUACCAAUAUUAUCUAUUGGAUGUACUUGCAUUCCUUCUAACUACACUUUUUGCAUUUUGCAUCGCAAUUACAAUGCUUUUCAAACUGUUGUCCAAGAUUGUUACCAAGCGUGCAAAGGGCGAUAAGAUUUCAAAGCAAGAAUGAGAGCUAUUUCUAAUGAGCACAGUUAAAAGAUGCGGACAAAACUUUCGUUUGACACUAAGUUGUUACUGUAAUGAGGACGGUGUUUAGAACAUCGUGUAGGAUUGUUUCCAAGCGUGCAAAGGUCGGUCUUAGCUCGAGGCAAGAACGAGAGCCGUUUCCAGUAAGUUAAAUUUGUAGGCACAGGGGCAGAUCCGGGAUUUUUCUUAGUAAGGGGUGCACCACUAAGGCAUGACGUAACUGACUGGUGAGGUAACCAAAUUUCAAAAGCAACUACGAAGAAAAGGGCUUCAUCUCAAGGGAGGUGGGGGGGGGGG